AUGGUGUGUAAGGAUAAUCAGCCAUUUACUAUUGUAGAGAACGAAGGCUUUCGCAAUUUCCUUAAAGUGAUUGAGCCGCGUUAUAAACUUCCCAAUAAAACAACACUCACUCGUUGGGUUGAUGACAAAUACGCCGCCCUAUCAGGAAUCAUCCGUGAAAAGUUGUCGGGCAUUGAAAAUCUGACUUUGACAACUGACAUGUGGUCAGAAUCGAUGUCCAUGAGGAGCUUUCUUGGAGUCACAGCUCAUUUCGGUGUUGGCAGUGAGUUGUUUUCUAUCACUCUGGGAGUAAGCCAAUCAAAUGAACGCCAUACAUCACAACACAUUGCUGAAAUGCUGCUGAACACUUGCGACGAAUGGAGUAUUGACAAAGACCAAAUUUCGGCUGUGGUGACGGACAAUGCACCAAAUAUGGUGAAAGCUGUAGAGCUAGCCUUUGAACAAUGCAAACCACUACGCGAGUUAAUAAGCAAAGUCAAAGAUGUUGUGACGUGGUUUAAACAGAGCAACAUAGCAACCAACGAACUCCGUAAAUCAACCUCAGACGAAACUAAAUUAAUUCAACAGGUGCCUACUAGAUGGAAUAGCACAUAUUAUAUGAUUGAGCGAUUCAUCGAACUUCGUGAGAUUGUUAACAAUAUAAUCAUCAGACACAAAAAUGCACCAGCUAUGCUGCAUGCGUCAGAACUUGCACAUCUAAGUUCAGUUCUACAGGUACUACGUCCAAUAGAAGCUGCUACGAAGGAGGUCACAGGUGAUAAGUAUUGCACUAGCAGCAAAGUAAUACCACUUAUUCAUUGCCUCGUUUUAAAAAUUAAGCCUCUGAGCUUCGACGACUCGAUUGCCAAAGAGCUACAGUCUCUGGUUCUUAAGGAGAUUCAGAAGAGAAUGGGUGUCAUCGAAAACGUAACUCCCCUCGCUAUAGCCACGGUAUUGGACCCCAGAUUCAAGAAAAUGCAUUUUACGGAUCCGCUUGCAUGCUCUGCUGCUGUAGGAAAAAUAAAAGAUCUCAUGAAAGCCGCAGCCCACAACACGACCAAAGAUUCGGAGUCAUCGGAACUUUCUGAUAAAAAUGAGGAUAACUAUUCAUUGUGGGAGGACCACCACAAGCUAGUCCAUAAAAGUUGGAAAUUGUCAAAGGCCGAUGACACUAUUUCUGAUGAGCUGGCCAUAUAUCUACGUUGCCCAGUGGGUAGACUCACUGAAAACCCAUUGGAAAUUUGGAAGGACUUGGAGAUACAGCUCCCACAAUUGAAGCCAAUCGCAUAUAAAUAUCUGACCAUGGUGGGAACGAAUAUUGGUAUUAAUAAAGAAUGA